UAGCAUAGUAGUCCUGUGUGAGUCAGAAGCUGUGCCAGUAUUACAGUGUGUGCAGUGCAAUCCUCAGCCUGGAAGAUGAGCUCUGCAAAGGACCCAGUGGUGAUUGUGGCAGCUGCCCGCACUCCUAUAGGUUCAUUCAAUGGAGCCUUGUCGACUUUACCCGUUCAUGCCCUGGGCACAGUUGUCAUCAAGGAGGUUCUAAAGAGAGCCAGCAUUAAGCCAGAUGAGAUCUCAGAAGUGAUAUUUGGCCAUGUCUUAACUGCAGGCACUGGGCAGAACCCUACUCGUCAAGCCAGUGUGGCUGCUGGGAUUCCCUACUCUAUUCCAGCCUGGAGUUGCCAGAUGAUCUGUGGCUCAGGCUUAAAGUCAGUUAGCCUUGGAGCUCAAUCUAUAUUAACUGGUGAAUCAGACAUUGUCGUGGCUGGUGGCAUGGAGAGCAUGAGUCAGGCUCCACAUUUAGUCCACAUGAGGGCAGGUGUGAAAGCUGGGGAUGUCCCAUUACAAGACAGUAUUCUGUGUGAUGGUCUUAAUGAUGCAUUUUAUAAGUAUCAUAUGGGAGUAACAGCUGAAAAUGUGGCCAAGCAGUGGAAAAUCUCUAGAGAGGAGCAGGACAAGCUUGCAGUCCAGUCACAGAACAGGACUGAAACUUCACAGAAAGCGGGGUAUUUUGACAAAGAGAUUGUACCCGUUGAGGUUCCCUCAAGGAAAGGCCCUGUGACUGUAACAACUGAUGAGUUUCCCCGCCAUGGAAGCAGUUUAGAAGGAAUGGCAAAAUUGAAACCCUAUUUCGUAAAGGAUGGGACUGGUACUGUAACUCCAGCUAAUGCCUCAGGUAUCAAUGAUGGAGCUGCAGCAGUAGUUCUUAUGAAGAGAUCUGAAGCAGAGCGCAGGCACCUCUUACCAAUUGCGCAAAUAGUUUGCACUGCUCAAGCUGGUUUGGAUCCAUCUAUUAUGGGAGUCGGACCUAUUCCUGCUAUUAGAAAAGCUGUUGAAAAAGCAGGAUGGAGCCUUGAUGAUGUUGAUGUCUAUGAAAUAAAUGAAGCAUUUGCCGCUCAGGCCCUAGCAGUUGUUAAGGAGCUAGGACUGAACCCUGAUAAGGUUAACAUCCAAGGUGGUGCUAUAGCACUUGGCCACCCACUUGGAAUGUCUGGCUGUCGUAUUUUGGUUACUCUUCUUUAUGCUCUAGAACGAACUGGUGGGAAGAAAGGAGUCGCUGCUUUGUGCAUUGGUGGUGGUUUGGGAAUUGCAAUGUGUGUUGAAAGAACAAGCUAAACAUUUCAGGAAUAUACAGAGCACUCGUUGGUUAUUACACACUUCAGAAGGCUCUUGUUCCCAUGGAACAUACAAGUGACUGAAGAACAAGUACAUUCCACAAUGCAUUAACUACUUUAGCCUGUACUUUUUUCCUUUUUUAGUAUUUUUUUUAUUUAAAUAAUUGUUAAUCAAAUCACUAAUAGUGAUCAAUAGUUUACUAGCUUGAAUAGCACCAUAUUCAUAAACUAGAAUGGUAUUUUCUGCAGUAAGAACUUACAUGCAGGUUUCUCUGAUUUUAUUUGCACUAGCUUUCAAAAUGUUCAAAAUAAAGUAGAUUAAGGAGAAAUGCGGCACAAAAUGUUGCCUUCCCCUGUGCCCAGGCUGAAAAAACAUAAAAAAAAAAACUUUAACUCACCUUCCUACGUUCCCCCGUUGCGCCGAUAUCGAUGUCCCGGUCCUCCGGUGCUGCUUGGCUCCCUGCUUCUUAGGCUCGGAAUGUCACACUGUAGUCAGCGUAUCACCGUCCACAAUUAUGUCCCGCCUCCGCCUGUGAUAGGCUGAGCACACUGCCAUGUAAGGAGCCUGGGCAACAUAGAGAAGGCGGGGCCAAGCUCCUUACAUGACAGUGUGCUCAGCCUAUCACCGGCCGGGGCUGGCGAUAUGCUGACUGUGGUGUGACAUUUCGAGCCUAAGAAGCAGGAAGCCGAGCAGCGCCAGAGGACCAGGACACCGAUAUCUGCACAACGGGGAAACGUUGGAAGGGGAGUUAAAGUUUUUAUUUUUUUGUUUAUGCAGCUCGGGCACAGGGGAAAUUUAAAAGUUUUUUGCAUUGCAUUUCUCCUUUAGUAGCCAAAAACAUUAACAUGACUUAUGUUUCCAUGGUCAGUUUAUUAAAGGGGUACUCCUCCCCUUGACAUCUUAAACCCUAUCCAAAGAUAGGGGAUAAGAUGUCUGAUCGCAGCGGUCCCGCCGCUGGGAACCCCUGUGAUCUCUUCUGCAGCAUCCCUUGUCAUCUGUUGCACGGAGCGAACUUCGUUCAGUGCCUGAUGACGGGAGAUACAGGGGCCGGAGUAUCGUGAAGUCUCGGCCCGCCCCCUCAA